AACCUACACUAAACUGACCAGAAGAAGAAGUGCUUCGUUUGAACGCUCGUUCAUCAACAGUGUGUUGAUACAUGUUUAGAUGAACUUUCAGCAUCAUUAUGACACAAACAGACAGAGAUGCGGAGAAUGGAAGAGACAGAGAGAAAGAGCAGCGCGGAGUGAAGAGACCCAUCGCUCCCGCCGCGGUACCGGAGCCCGUGCAGGAGCAAAUUCAAGCCAACUUCGUCGUUGUGAUUCACCCUGGAUCAAAGACGCUGCGGAUGGGACGGGCUACAGACACGCUGCCCAUCAGCGUCCCUCACGUCAUCGCCCGCAGACACAAACAGCCCGGCCAGCCCCGCCACGAGGACCCGUGCCUCUUACGAGACGGACUGAACUGUGCAGACAGUAACGAACAGAGACAGAAUGGGCUGAAAAUGAUCGACCAGGUGAUCUGGUCCAGGAAAAUGUCCAACGGUGUGAGAAGAACGCCAGUGUCUGCAGAGCAGGCCAGAUUAUACAACAGACAAAUACGUCCUGCUGUUCUAGAGCCAAACUCUAAGGUCAGCUGGACAAAUACAACUCAUCAACCCCAAUAUCUCGUAGGAGAAGAGGCGUUGUAUGUGAACCCUACCGACUGCUACAGCAUCCACUGGCCCAUCUGCAGGGGUCAUCUGAACGUCCACAGCGGGCCGGGCGGCUCUCUCACGGCUACACUGGUGGACCUCGAGACCAUCUGGUCUCAUGCGAUUCAGAAGCUUUUAGAAAUCCCUCUGAAGGAUCUGAAGUAUUACAGAUGCAUCCUCCUGAUCCCAGACAUCUAUAACAGGCAGCACGUGAAGGAAGUGGUCAAUAUGCUGCUGGUAAAAAUGGGCUUUUCAGCUGUUGUUGUGCAUCAGGAGUCGGUGUGUGCGACCUUCGGCAGCGGGAUGAGCAGUGCGUGUGUGGUGGACGUGGGCGACCAGAAGACCAGCGUGUGUUGUGUUGAGGACGGCGUGUCCCACCGCAGCUCCAGGUUGUCUCUUGCGUACGGAGGCUCGGAUGUGACGCGGUGUUUUUUCUGGCUCAUGCAGAGAGCUGGAUUUCCCUACAGAGAAUGUCAACUCAGCAACAAACUGGACUGUGUCUUACUGCAACAGCUCAAAGAGUCCUUCUGCCAUCUGGAUCAGGAUAUUUCUGGGCUGCAAGAUCACGAGUUUCGCACACGUUUCCCUGAUUCCCCAGUGCUGCUGUAUCAGUUACGGUUAGGAGAUGAGAAACUCCAGGCUCCCAUGGCAUUAUUCUACCCUGCUGCGUUUGGAAUCGUGGGUCAGAAGAUGACAUCGCUGCUGCAUCGCUCUCAAGGAGACGCAGAGGAUCCACACGAUGAGCACUUCCUCCUGACCACACAGAGCAAACAAGACCAGUCUUCCAAAGCCACAGCAGACCGUAAAUCAUUCCCUAAGCCUGCCGGUUUUGAGGGGGAAUCCAGCAUGUGCGACCCGUCAGAGAAGGGAAGUCUGGCUCAGGAUAUUGAACUGGGCCAUGCUCAAGCCGAGGGCCUCGUCGCUGGGGCAGAUGCAGAAGAAACAUCGUCAGCUCUGUUGUCCAGGAAGACGGCCAUGACUCAGUUUGAGGGAAAAGCACUCGGCAUGGAUAAAGCCAUCUUGCACAGCAUUGACUGCUGCUCCUCAGAUGAAACGAAGCGUAAAAUGUACAGCUGUAUUCUGGUAGUGGGCGGCGGGCUGCUCUUUCAUGGAGCGCAAGAGUUUCUGCAGCAUCGCAUCCUCAAUAAGAUGCCUCCAUCUUUUCGUUGUCUGGUGGAGAACGUUGAUGUCAUCACACGACCGAAGGACAUGGAUCCUCGCGUCAUCGCGUGGAAGGGUGGAGCCGUGCUGGCGUGUUUGGACACCACGCAGGAGCUGUGGAUUCACCAGCGAGAGUGGCAGCGCUUUGGCGUCCGGAUGCUCCGUGAGCGGGCCGCCUUCGUCUGGUGAACAUGGAGGAUGGGAGCCAUGCCUUGGUGAUGGGAGCUCAUCUGGUUCUAAAUUAGUUUUAGGGCAUGUCAAUCUGGCAUGUGAAGGAGUUCUUAACAAACAUCAGUGGUUCUUAAGAACUAGGACAAAACAUGCCCGACAACUAAAACAAUAUUUUAUAUUCCAGUGGGAGUUUUUUUUUUUUAAUAUAUAUAUAAAAAGUAAGUAUUUUUUGUAUUAUUCCUAAUUUUCGCCACUCUAACCAGGUCAAAACUGUGCCCUGUACCCGCUGCCGUAAACGGCUUCAUACAAAAGUAAUAUGUAUUUAAAAGAUGCUUAUUAAAAAUCAGUUCUUUAUCUUUAAACAAGUUGCUAUUUUCAACACUUUUGGUCCUGGGACUGAACAGAGUUUGUAGCAUCUCAUAAUGUAAUAAUUGCAUAUAAUGUAAGAAGUCAAAUGUAAUGUUUAUGUAAUUACUACAUAAUGUAGUAAUUUUCUCAAAAAAAGUAAUAAAAUUGUGAGCACAGUGUAAUAAUA